AACCAACAAUUUUAACACGUUUCUAAUUCCCAUUUCUUUUCUUGUAUAAGCACCACUAAUGGAGACGAAAUUCAAAGCCUGUUCUGAACUUGUGCUCUCAUAAAGUCAAGCUAAUAUAAUUUUAUACUAAUGGCACUUGAGAUAGUGUGCGACAGUUCCAUCACUUCCAUCACUACCAGACAAGAAUCAAGUGCCCAAUCACUUGAUAUCUCUAGCUCAAAGCCAUCGAAUUCCUCCAUUCUAACUAGGAUUCAUGCGGGUUAUUUCAGCAUAGCCCUCUCUCUUGCUGCUCAGGCUUUACUAUGGAAGGUUUUGAGUGAACCCAAGAUCGCUAAUAAUGCAUCAAAACAUGAACGCGACGUACUUAGCCUGCUGCCUCACAUAAUUUUUCUCUUGCUUUGGUGGUUUGCUCUUUUAGCUCAAGUAUCACUGUCUUUGCUGUAUGUUCUCAGAUGUUUCUUUCACUUUCACUUGGUGAAGGCUGAGUUCUUGAAUCAUGUAGCUGUCAACUACUUGUAUACUCCAUGGAUAUCGCUGCUGCUUUUGCUUCAAGCAGCCCCGGAAAGUGUUCACCACGCUUUUGGGAUCAUUUCCUUUACGGUUCUUUAUUGGGUAUCCGCCGUUCCAGUUUUGAUCCUUGAUGUCAAGAUUUAUGGCCGGUGGUUUACUACACAGAAGAGGUUUCUAUCCAUAUUUGCCAAUCCAAGUAGCCAGAUUUCGGUGAUAGGGAACUUCGUCGUGACACGAGCUGCUGCACAUAUGGGAUGGAAGGAGGGUGCUAUUGGCAUGUUCUCUCUGGGGAUGGUGCACUAUAUGGUACUCUUUAUAACGCUUUACCAGCAUCUUUCAAGUAGCAGUCGUUUCCCUACGAUAUUGCGGCCAAGUCUCUUCUUGUUCUUCGCUGCACCGAGCAUGGGAAGUCUAGCUUGGAACUCCAUUACAGGAGCUUUCGAUGUCACUUGCAAGAUGCUUUUCUUUCUGGCUUUGUUCCUCUUCAUUUCUCUGGCUUGUAGACCAGUUCUCUUCAAGAAAGCUAUGCGGAAAUUCAAUGUAGCAUGGUGGGCAUACUCAUUCACGACAACAUUUCUGGCCCUGGCUGCUCUUCGAUAUGCACAGGAGGUGAAGGCUGAAGUAGCAGUUGUAUUGCAACUUGCGUUGACAUCUUUGUCACUGCUAGUUUCCCUAGUGUUGAUGGUCCUCACUGCAGCCAAGGUCAAUAGGCUUUUGCAUGAAGAUGAUCCCCUACUGAAUUUUAUUAAUAAUUCAAAAUCAAAGACUUCUGCUUUGCCGAAAGUGGAAGAAACAGUGAAUGGUCAAAAAUAAUUGCAGGCUACCUUCAUUCCUGGUCUUCGAUUGUAAACUGAUAGAUACCUGGAGAUACGCUGAACUUUGCACUGCUGAAGGCCUAGAAAUGUUUUGCAAUCAACCCUCCUGCUGCCACCAGAGAAGUUUGCUCGCUGUGAAACUUGCUAGAAAAUUAUAUUGUAUUUCAGAAUGUAAAUAUGCACUAUAAAAUGAAGUUCUUAAGUACUCAACAACUCCAUUGUUUAUAUAAAGAUAUUGUAUUAAUUAUAAUCCAGAAUAUCAAUAAAAGAGUUUUUACAGUAAA